AGCAGCAAUGUUGUCGUUUUUGAUGAUGUCGAACUGAUACAGAGAUAAUUCCUCUCGAUUACACAUUCAACACGUCGUCUAACUUUAAUCACCAGCCUUGAACUGUACGAUGGCUGGACCAGAAGAAGGCAUGAAGACGAUAGAAGCGAAGGUGGUGGUGUUAGGGUCCCAAGGAGUGGGGAAGACGUCACUGGUGAUCCGGUAUGUGGGAGGAAUGUUCAGCAAGGCAGUCAGUCCAACGAUCGGGGCUUCCUUCUUCACUUACAAGAUGAAUGUUGACAACUACCGAGUGAAACUUCAGGUAUGGGACACGGCGGGCCAAGAGAGAUUCAGAUCCAUGGCUCCGAUGUACUACAGAAAAGCAAAUGCUGCCAUGUUGAUGUAUGACAUCACUUCCUCUGACAGUUUUUAUGAUAUAAAAGACUGGGUCAAAGAGUUGAAGAAGAAUGUGGACACCCCAAUAAUCUUGUGUCUCCUGGGUAACAAAUGUGACCUUGAGAGUGGGCGGCAGGUGAAGUCCGAGGAUGCGGAGGAGUUUGCUGCCUCCAUCGACGCCCUGUUUUACGAGACCUCUGCUUUGAAGAACCUCGGCAUUGAAGAAUCUUUCCUCCAAGUUGCUAAACAGCUGAUAAAUAUGUACGAAACCGAUCCGAACUCUGGACUCAAUAAUUCACAGCUUCAGGAAUCGCAAGAUAUAUUCUCGUCCGGUGACAAUGUUAAAGUGGCAGAGGCCGAGCAGAAACCCGGUGCACAUUCAAAUCAAUGUGGAUGUUGAAAGCAGUUGUUUAGAUAAUGUUAUUACGUUAAAGUGAGGCUCGCAGAUUCUGAUAGUUUCUGGCAAACUGAGGAAAUGACUGUUAGUUUUUAUUCAGUUAUGAAAACAAUCAUGUGCACCAGGGUCGAUAUUUUUAAAGCUAUGUUAGCACUAGGAGAUUAUAAAACAGUCGUAGGGUAUCAGAGGCAGAUUUAGCGGGGGGGGGGGGGGGGGGGGGGGGGCCUGGACCCCCCCUAAAUUUUGUAAGUUAUAAUUUUAUUAUAUUUUUUUUUUUUUUUUUUUUUUUUAUGAUCCCUCUCCAAACCUCCCCCAAAGUUCCCUUGGCAUUCUGCUUCAUGUCAUUAUCUCCCCACCCCUAAAUGGAUUUUCUGGAUCCGCCACUGGGUAUGGUGUCUGUCGUAGUGACAUCAUAGUCUACAAUGGUUUUAUGAUAUCGUAGCACUAAGAUGGCUAUGAAAAUCUGUAGUUUCCGUAUAGAUAUUGCAGAAGGAAAAAUGUGGAUUUUGCCAUUUUAGCAAAUGACUGAUUCUUGUAUCUGGUGUGCUGUGAACUUGAUAAAAAAUGAAACUGUCAAGAUGGAACUUUUGCACUGGAUUCUUUAAAUAAGAAAUGUUUUGGGAUGUUGUUUAUUGAUUAUAAAAUAAUGUUAAUUUAUAAGCAGCUAAUAUACAAUAAACAUAUAACAAGAUGGAGUAAGAAACGUUUAUAAAAUACAUAUGAACUUUUAAGGCAGCCAUUGAAUAUGACGUUUUUGGUCUAUUUGUUUAUCAUUCAGAUGUGGAGUAAUUUUAUUGUUGCCUGCUUUUUGUGCCAAGACCAUUAUGCAUUCUGUUAGAUCCACAAGCUAUCUACGUUUCCCCAAAAUAGUUUUAUGGUUGUUUACAUUACCUCCCGUGCCUUUGCUUAUAACCACAUUUUGAUUCAAAGUUGUAAAGCUUAUGCAAGCUGGCUUGACUGGUUCAAUUUUAUAGCAUCUGUUUAUGCAUGCAUUUGUAAAAUAUAAUUUAUUUUUAUACUAUAAUCUGACCUCUCACCCCAUCUGCACUUCCCUGUUUUUUUAAUGGACUGGUCCAAACCUCCACACAGCCAACCAGUGGCUGUAAUCUUCAUUUAAACGAUGGGUAUCCCAUCUUGCUUCACAGUGGUCUCCUUUUUCUUUUGUUUUCUCUUUCACUGUUAAAAGAGAAUAAUACAUGAGUGGCCAUUAGAUACCAUUUAUCUCACGAGUUUUUUAAAAUGUAUCUUAACGAGCAA